AAAAAUGGUGCAAGAAGCUCCCUCUAGUAGUUAGAACCACAAAACUUUAUCUUUACUGUAAAUUGUCUGCAAUGGCUCCACUCUUUCCUGGAAAAUCCCCAAUUGUUUUCCUCUAUCUCCAUUAUUGUCCCCUUCAAGAACCUCCUUUAUAUAAACCCCUCCCGUCCUACUACACAAGUUAAAACCUAAAAAGCCCUUCAAAAAUCUACGGUGUUCAACCAUGGAAGAAGUAAUCGACAUUGUGGUUGAUUUCGAAGACUACUUCCCUUCAAUGAUGGAAAAAUACGGUGCGGAAUGGUUGUUGGGAGAAGUAUGCAAUGGGUUCAGGCUGUUGAUGGAUGCGGAAAAAGGGGUGAUAACGUUCGAGAGCUUGAAGAUAAAGAGCGCGAUGUUAGGGUUGGGAGAUAUGGAAGAUGAUGAAAUUGUUUGCAUGUUGAGUGAAGGAGAUUUGGAUGGAGAUGGUGCUUUGAACCAGCUCGAGUUUUGUAUUCUCAUGUUUAGGUUAAGUCCUGGACUGGUUUAAUGAGAGACGGAAGAAGCAUGCAACAAUGUUACAAAAAAAAAAUUCUUCAUUGCCAUUUUCGUUACUCUUCUUUCCUUGUAUGAUAUUCCCAACUUUCUCAAUUCUAACAUUAAUGUAGUUUAUCUUUAUCAGUUGGUA